CAGAAAACAUACAAAUUGUUCACCUCACCCCUCCGCCAAAUCCCCGGCCCCCUAAGCACAAAGCUCACCCGUCUCCCGCUAAAACUAUCCAUCUUGAGCGGGAACAGAAUAUACUACAUCCACGAUCUGCACCGGAAAUACGGCCCGAUCGUGCGCAUCAGUCCAGAUGAAGUAUCCAUCUCUUCGCUCCGCGAUUUCAAGGAAAUCCAUCGCGUAGGCUCACCAUUCCUUAAAAGUCCAUGGUAUCAGAAAUUCGUGAUGGAUCGGCCACCCGGUAUGUUUGAUAUGCCUGGUGGGCGGGAGCAUGCGGGGCGGAGGAGGUUGUUUGCGAGGGCUUUCUCCAAGAGUGAACUGCGGAGGGUGUGGGAGGGGGUUGUUAGGGAGAAGGUUGGAAUGGCUAUCAGCCAGAUGAGGAGUGAUUUGGAUGCUGCAGGUGGUAAAGGGAGAUGUGAUGUGUUGAAGUGGUGGACGUUCCUGGCGACGGAUGUUGCGGGCCAUUUGAUGUUUGGUGAGGACUUUGGGAUGUUGCAGUUGGGCGUGAAAAACGAGUAUAUCCAUGUCCUGGAAUCGACCAUGAUGGGCUCUGGCAUCAAUUCGGAACUACCCGCUGUCGGCUUCAUCGGACGACACCUUCCCAUCCCCUCGAUCAAAGCGAUGUUCAGGGCGUCUGAAUACAUGUCCAACUACGGCCGUCGCGCGAUUGUCAAUGCCCGGACGAGCAGCGAGUCAAGCAGGAACAUCUUCGCGGGGAUGAUCCACGAAUCUGAAAAGGGCAGCGACAGUCUAACCGACGAGGACGUCGUUACUGAAGCUGGCAAUCUCAUUGUUGCAGGCUCUGACACGACGGCAAUCACAUUGACGUAUCUCGUCUGGGCGGUAUUGAGCCAUCCCCAGCUGCAGAAAGAGCUAGAAGAGGAGGUACAAGGUCUAGCUGUGGACUAUGACGAGGCGGCCUUGGAGAACCUCCCUUUGCUCAACGCCGUGAUCAAGGAGACACUACGUCUAUACGGCGCCGCUCCGGGCUCACUCCCCCGCGCUGUCCCUGAAGGAGGCGCGACGCUGGGUGGACAUUUCAUUCCUGAAGGCAUCACGGUGAGCACCCAGAGCUGGACAAUGCACCGGGACGAGAAUGUCUUCCCAGACCCUGACGUCUUUGAUGCCUCGCGAUGGCUGAAGAGCGAGAAUACAAAUAGCCAAUCACUGGCGCAGAUGACAUUCUCGCCGUUCGGUGCAGGUGCGAGAACGUGUCUGGGGAUCCACCUGGCGUAUAUGGAGUUGAGGCUGGCAGCAGCGGAAUUCUUCAGGGAGUUUCGCGGGGUGAAACUGGCCAGUGAUGUCACCUGGGAAACUAUGAGGCCUAAGAAUUAUUUCUUGAUUGCGCCGUCUGGACAUCGCUGUGAGAUUGUGAGGGGGUAG